AUGGUGGACACAAUAUCCGUUAUCUAUGCCGUACAAGCUAUCAUUCUCACUCUUACCAUUCCAAUGUCAUUGAUUUAUCUUCUCACAAUCAUUUUCAUCGAACGUUUUCAUACUGCAAAUAAUAUUUUGACAGCUAAUUUCUGUUCAAUUUGUUUUAUAUGCGUCAUUUAUUGGGCGUUGUACAGAGCAUCUAGUGUAUUCCACUUUUACCCAUACUAUGGAAAUACUGCCUUUUGUACUUUUGUACUAUCUGCUGGACAAUAUCUAAAUUGUUUACUUAUUUACUCUCUAACACUUAUUGCCAUUAGUCGAUAUUUGACCAUACGUUUUCCAACGAAGCGACUUUUCAAACGUAAAUAUUGGAUAUAUUCAACCAUAAUUUUACAAUGGAUAUUCAGUUCAUCUGUGUCAAUUCCAAUCAUUCUUGAUAGUUUACAAGGAUGUAAAAAUGGGUUACCGUUGUUCAGCUGGAAUUUCUUAUACUAUCUCUUAAUUAUAGUCAUAAUUCCUGUGAUUAUUUAUAUCAUUUUUAAUGGGCUUAUUUUGGCAGCUGUUCGAUCAUCCAGUCGGCGUGUUCGCGAGAUCACAACAAUUAUCGUAACUACGACUAAUACAGAUCAUCAGCAAAAUCGUCGAGAUAUCAAAUUACUCAAACAUAUCUUCUUUUUAUUUUUUGUAUUUAUCUUUGGAUGGGGACCAGCUUAUAUUGCCACAGUCAUUGCCAAUUUCUACAUGCCACUAUGGGUGUACUAUCUAUUGCAAACACUACCAGUAUUUACUAUCAUUAUUCAAAUAUUGGAUUUAUUUAUUUAUAAUCAUGAAGUUCGUCAAUAUUGGAAAGAGCGAAUGUUUCGAUGUUUACAUAUAAAUCUUCGUUAA